GAGAGGCGGUUGGGACUCCGGUGAUGAAUCGAUAAUCGCGGGAGCUGAAGCGGGAGCGGAGGCGGCUUCCAUCCACCCCCCUUGUCCUCUCGCGCUCUCAACCCCUCUCAUCACUCCCGCCGCGAGUCUCGGGCCCUCCGUCUCCCCUCGCCUCUCCCCGGGGGGGGCCUCAGGGAGCGCUCGGACUCCACAGCAGAUUGAACCACACCACAGGAGCCGUGGCGUACGAAGACUACGGAAGCAGAGGGAGCGCCCAAGCACCGAACAAUGGCCUCGCUCCGUCGGAGAUCCCCCCUGCGUUUGUGCGACUUGGGCUCGCCCGGGCAUGCCCUGAGCAGUCAGAUCGGACUGGAGCCACGGCGGCCCUUCGGCUCCACUCCCACGACGCACUGCGACUACGACGUCGGCAUGGGCAGGCGCAGCCGCCUCGGUGACACCGCGCUGGGGGCCCCCUUCACGACGGGCCUCACCUCCACGACGGGACCCACCUCCUCACCGGGGCUCCACGACUCCGCUCCGUAUGACACCUCGCCCGUGAGGCUCCAUCGCACCUCGCCCGCGAGGACCUUCGUGUCGGGGCCCGCCUCCUCCGCGAGGGGCCUCCGCGACGGCCCCUCGCCCGCGAGGCCCGGCCCCCCUUCGGGCCUGAGCGAGACCCCCCCGCUCAAGGUGGCGCGGAGCUCCACGGGGGGGUAUCCCUCGACCCCGCCGAUGCUCCCCGCCGCGGAGUCGGGCCCCGUCGCAGAGGAGGGCGGCUCCACCCUGGAGGUGUGGGCCCUGCGGGGGUCGCUGACCCAGAGCGAGCGGCGGCGGGGCCUGCUGGCGGACAGCCUACGGGAGGCUUGCGGUGCCCUCGCCGAGCAGGCGAGCCGCCUGCAGCGGCGGCAGGCCGAGCUCACGGACAGCCGCGCCACCGUGGAGGAGCUCACCGUGCGGCAGAAGUAUCUGGAGAGCAGCAUCGCGGCGCUGGAGAAGGAGCGCAAGCAGCUGGGCGCGGGCGCCGGCACGCACCAGCGAGGCCUACAGGAGAGGGUGCGGCGCCUGGAGGAGCAGAUAUCGGACGCGCGGUCGUCGUUGGACGAGGUUGCCACGGAGACGAGGCGGCGGCGCUCGCUGGAGAGGGUGCGUCUCGACGCGCAGGCCCUGGGGCGGGCCCGCACGGGCCCCUGGCCGGGCGCCAGCCCCUCGCGCUGCUCCGUCGGCCCCCUGCUAAGCGUCAGCGGAGCCGUCACCCCGCUCGGUUGCCCCCACGGCUGCGCCAGCGCCGGCGUGGCGAGCCCCCCUCACUUGGCGAGCCCCGCUCACCUGGCGAACGGGCUGGCGAGCGGGCGACUGGCGGAGGACGCGUGGGUGAGGAGGACUCUGAUGACGCAGCUGGACGAGCUCAAGGCCGAGCGGCAAACGUCGGCGCGGGAGAAGGAGCAGCUGUCGUCGCGAGUUCGCGCGCUGGAGGAGGCGUCCGCAGGGCUGCAGACGCGGGUUGGGGCGGCCGAGGGAGAUAGGGACCGGCUGAAGCAGGAGAGGGACGAGCUGAGCAAGCGAGCCGAGACGCUGGCGCACGACGCGGAGUCGGGGGCGCGGCAAAAGUCGGGGCUGGAGGCAGAGCUCGCGGAGAAGGCCGCGGAGCUGGCGAGGGUGAAGGGUCGCGCGGAACGAGUGGAGGAGGAGAGGGCCCGCGCCGUGGAGGAGCUGCGAGCAUUGCAGACGGUCCGCGAGCGCCAGUCCGCGGAGGUGUCUGACCUGCGCCAGAAGCUGGAGACGGAGCGGGAGCGGCUGCUGCGGCACGAGGCGGAGGGGCGGCUGGCGGGGGCGCGCGCCGGCGCGCUGCAGGGCGAGCGGGACCGGCUGCUGGCCGAGAAAGAGCUCGCUGAGAGGGAGCGGCGCCAGCUGCAGGGCCAGCUGGAUGCGCUGCGCGACGCGCACGAGAGCACGAGGCAUGUGUCCUACCCCCUUACCCCCUCACCCCCUCAUCCGCCACUCCUUGCUCCGCCGUGAUCUCCGUUUUUCCGAGUCUGAGUUUGGUCGUGAGGAUCGUUGUGCAACUCGCCGCGUAGUUCAACUUCACGUGGCAGCUGUGUCGGGUGGUGGAGGGGUUUUAGACACAAGUUUGACCGGAUCAUUACGCGGCCUGACCCCAACUAUGAAUAAGGGGUCGGUUUUCACGAUACGGUAUGAAUUUCCACGGAAUGACGAAUAUUUCAAAAAUAUCUCACCGAGAGGGUCCCGUAAGAUGGAGGAUCUCGAUGGCGAGGCUGACGCAUGCGUAGCAGACGCUCGUUUACCACACGUACGGACUCUGUGACUUCAAACGCAGAUUUUGACGAUACAGUUAUCGUGACGUCAGUUUCGUUAACUUUGCGUUCCACGCGUUUAACCAUUUUCUACUCGAGUUUGAAAGUGUUAGUGCGUUAGCUGCAUCCGUCUGUAACACGGGGUCCCGAUAACUCCAAUGCGAAUUGCAUUUCAGCAUCGAAUUGCGUCGCUAUUGGGGGACAUGCAUUCACACUCAAGCCCAAGGCCGUUGGCAGUGGCAGCUGGCACUGUGGCAAAGGGGGCGACUCAAAGCUUGACGAUAAAAUACCAGCGCUACAAGACUGAGAAGCCUCGUCGGCCAAGACGACGACGACGUCACACGCGGUGCUUGCCGUCCGACGAUGGAAUUUGCGCGUCGUCACGUUGCGCGCCAUGCGCAGUCACCGCGUGCGUCUCGAAAGGUAACGGAAUUCAUCGUCAUCAGCCACGAUCGAUCCACUGCUGGAUGGAAGGCUGAGCCCCCCAAGUCGCCGCCAUUCGCCGGUGACGAGUAGCUGCCGACGACCGUGACGACGAUAGCGACGUUGUCCCGUCGCCCGGCCA